ACUUGAGCUGUAGGUCUGGACUCCAGAACCAGGACUGGGGGUAAGGCUCUGCCCCCUCCCGACCCUCAGCCUGGACGGCCUGCUGUGUUUACACAGCAGAAGAGCUGCCGGUGCGUUCAGGUGGCUUCUGUGCCGACGUCACACAGGUGUGUGCUGCCUUCAGGACCGUCUGCCGGAAACUCUGAUGCAAGAUGGUGAGGAAGCAGAACUUCAUCUGGAGGAAGAGGAGAUUCUCACCUGAGGCUGUUCUCCUCCUCACCAUGGGGCCCUAAGGGGGGCGGAGCUUUCUGUAAAGAUUGAGGAAGAGGAGGAAGCAUGGGGAAGGAGCAGGAGCUGCUGCAGGCGGUGAAGAGCGGAGACCUGAUGACCACCCAGAAGCUGCUGUCCAAACUGAAGAGCAGAACCAAGCUGCUGGGAUCCACCAAGAAACUCAACGUGAACUACCAGGACUCUGACGGGUUCUCGGCGCUGCACCACGCCGCGCUCACCGGAACCACGGAGCUGUUGGCGGCGCUGCUGGACGCUCAGGCCGCCGUGGACGUGAAGGACAGCAACGGGAUGCGGCCGCUGCAUUACGCCGCCUGGCAGGGGAAGGCGGAGUCUGUGCUGACGCUGCUGCGCUCCGGCGCCGCCGUCAACGGCGCCUCUCUGGACGGACACAUCCCUCUCCACCUGGCCGCUCAGUACGGACACUUCCAGGUGUCAGAGAUGCUGCUGCAGCAUCAGUCCAACCCCUGCCUGGUCAACAAGGCCAAGAAGACUCCUCUGGACCUGGCCUGCGAGUUCGGACGAGUCAAGGUGGCGCAGCUGCUGCUGAGCAGCAACAUGGUGGUGGCGCUGCUGGAGGGCGAGAGGAAGGAGCCGACCGACUCUGCCUUCACCACGCCGCUGCACCUCGCCGCUCGCAACGGACACAAGGACGUGAUCCGGCUGCUGCUGAAGGCCGGCAUCGACAUCAACAGAACCACCAAGUCCGGAACGGCUCUCCACGAAGCGGCGCUCUACGGAAAGACCGAAGUGGUCCGACUGCUGCUGGAUGCUGGAGUGGACGUGAACAUCAGGAACACCUACAACCAGACGGCGCUGGACAUCGUCAACCAGUUCACCACGUCACACGCCAGCAAAGACAUCAAGCAGAUGCUGCGAGACGCCACGGGGAUUCUCCAGGUCCGAGCUCUGAAGGACUACUGGAACCUCCACGACCCCACGGCCCUCAACAUCCGAGCAGGAGACGUGAUCAUGGUGUUGGAGCAGCACGUAGACGGCCGGUGGAAGGGUCACAUCCAUGACAGCCAGAGAGGGACAGACAGAGUGGGCUUCUUCCCGCCGUCCAUCGUGGAGGUGAUCAGCAGGAGGAGCGGGGGCACUCUAUCCCGGCACGCCUCCCUGCCCACCCAGCGCCAGCAGCUGCUGUCCAGGGCCCCCCUCUCCUCCAGCCUUAGCUCCGCCUCUCACACCGAUGACACCUUUACACUGUUCGCUCCGCCCACCCAUGUGGUGUUUCCUCUCGCCAACGGUCUCACCGCCGCCACAGCUGGAGACAGGAACAGCGUGGGGAGCACCGGCAGCGUUGGAAGCACUCGCAGUGCGGGCAGCGGGCAGAGCGCCGAGAGCAACAGCGCCCCCAACGGACACCAGCACAACCAGGCGGCGCCCCCUGCUGUGGAGCCGGGACUCUCGGUAGACGUCAGUGCUCAGGCCGACCUCCCUGCAGGUGGGACUCCGCGGAGGCAGACGGUGAAGCGGGCGGCAGAGCCCAGCGUGUCCCAGCAGUUCUGCCGUCCACAGCAGCUGCUGGACGGGAAGGACGCGGACGCCAUCUUUCAGUGGCUCAGUGACUUCCAGCUGGAGCAGUACACCGCCAGCUUCGUGAGCGCCGGUUAUGACGUGCCCACCAUCAGCAGGAUGACCCCUGAGGAUCUGACCGCCAUCGGAGUGACCAAACCAGGACACCGCAAGAAAAUCUCCAUGGAGAUCAACAACCUGAACAUCCCAGAGUGGCUGCCCGACUUCAUCCCAUCCGACCUCGGCGAGUGGCUCAGCGCCAUCGGCCUCCCGCAGUACCACAAGAAACUGUCUGAGAACGGUUACGACUCCAUGAGCAUCGUCAGAGACCUGACCUGGGAGGACCUGCAGGAGAUCGGCAUCACCAAGCUGGGCCACCAGAAGAAGCUGAUGCUGGCGGUGAAGAAGCUGUGCGACAUCCAGAGGGUGAUCCUGCAGGCGGACUCCGGCCACGGCACGCUGAGGCGGAAAGCCCCCCGGAGCCUUCACCUGGUGGCCAUCGAGUCUCCUGAUGCCAGCAGCGAAUGCUCCUCGCCUCACACCCCCAAGAUGAUGACCUUCCAGGACAGCGAGCUGAGCUCCGAGCUGCAGACCGCCAUGUCCAGCCACUAUGGCGGCUGUGAGGAAGGCUUGGCCAUCAAGAGUGCAGUAGGGAUGUCCCGGAGUCAGGAGAGCCUGGAGACGCGGUCCCGAGGGUCCGGACGCUCCCAGGAGCUCCCCUCGGCCUACGUCAACCCCCACAGUUGGCCUCCGGAGGGGGUGGAGGGCAGCCCGGCCAAGGAGAGGAACCUCCCCGAGGGCUGGGACCAGAGACCUCUGCAGCAGCAGCAGCCUCCGCCCAAGCAGGUUCCUCUGGGAACGGCCACCGUCUUCAAGUACCCGGCCGUCCCGGCCAAACCCCAGCUGGCAGGAGGUCCGUCCCCCCACGGCUCCCCCGCCCUGAAGGCGUUCACCUACCUGCACUCUCGGUGCGGCUCCACGGACCUGAGCUCAGCGUCCAGACCUGAGAACCGCCACAUGACUCUGGCGCCCCCCAAGAGGCGCAGCCAGGCCGCGACCCGGUACGCUCUGUCGGACGGAGAGCCCGACGAAGACGAGGAUGAGCUCGCGGUUCCCCGUGGAAGCGUGCCGUCCUACGCCACACUGACCCGGAAGCCCGCGCGCAGCCAGGCGGGUCGGUCCCAACCGGGCUCAGAGCGGAACGUGGGGCGGAGUCAGUCUUUUGCGGUGCGGGCCCGGAAAAAAUUCCCCCCACCCCCGCCCCCGAAGAGGCUGAGCUCAGUAAGCAGCACUACAAGCGGCGAGCUGAGCGACAGCAGCCCCACAUCCUCCUCCGGGGGGGUGAUGACGGACAGCCCGGGGAGCGUUAGGAGCAUCGCCGCUUCCCUGGAGGGCGGGGCUGACGUCAGGAAAACCCCAGGACCCAAACCGGCCCCCACCCAUCCGAAACCAGCAAACGCCACAGAGACCAGAGAGCCUGAAGGGGGCAGGAGGCGGGUGCAGAGCCAAUGCCUCGUGGGACAGGCCAGCACCAGCUUGGACCCGGACCGAGGACCCAAGUCCGACUCUGAGGAAGAAGAACCCAAAGGUCCUGGGCUGGAGGGUUCGUCCUCCCCCCAGAACAGCUCCAGUGAGUGCAUCCCCUUCGCAGAGGAAGGAAACCUGACCAUCAAACAGAGACCCAAAGCUCCUGGUCCGCCCCGGGCCGAGGCGGUUCUGGAGCCUCCUGCUGCCAAGAGUCUGGAAGUGCCGGAGUUCAACCUGAAGGAGUCGGACACGGUGAAGCGCCGACACAAACCCAAAGAGAGGGGGGAGGGGGAGGGCUCCCCGGACCCAACCGUUGGAUCGGACUCUGGGGGCAGCAGGCCUCCAUCACGGAACCAAGACCAAGUCAGAACCACAGAGGCCACCCUUGAUCGGCCUGUCAGUCCGGCUAAAGGGUCUCCUGUAAAACCGCCGCUCUCCCCAAAACCAGCUGUGGCUCCAAAACCUGUUCGCAACAGCCUGCUGGCAGCUCAAGGAGGACCGUCCUCCCCGACCGUGACCGUCAGCGUGGUCCAAAGUGUGGCCUUCGCGUCCCCAUCCUCGCCCUCCCACGGGUCUCCAGCCCCUCAGAGCCCCUCGCUGGCAGCUGGAAGGCGCCAGGUGGGUCAGGGGGGUCCAGGUUUUGCGGUGGACCCAGCGGCGGGGACGGAGGUGGUCCAGCAGAAACUGGACCAGACCAGCACCUCCCUGGCAGCAGCUCUGAAGGCCGUAGAGAGGAAGCUGGAGGACAGUGACGGCGAGGUGAGGUCGGUGAGGUCUGCAGGGACCAUCCUGGACGACAUCGGAAACAUGUUUGAUGACCUGGCCGACCAGCUCGACGCCAUGUUGGACUGAAGACGCCACAUUUAUUUUGAAAGGAACAUCCUCAGGAAGAGAGACGGGUGAAGGAGGAGCUUCCCCGCCGUCACAUCCGCCGCUCUCAGCUGGUCUGUGGGAGAUACCAGCUCUACCACAGACCAGGUCUCACGUUUCACCCUGGAUCCUGCGAGGGAGGGGGGUGACUGUAAACUCACUGCCAAAGAUCUGUUCAGGAGUUUGGGAUCACGGUCCAAUUCAAGAGGUGCAUCUAUGUCCAAGUGUUUUUGAACGACCAUUGUUUGCUAGAAAGAGUUUCCACUGAAGAACAACAGACGUUAGCGCUAACCGCAGAUCUAGUCCAAACAUUUCACGUCUGAUACUGAAAGACGGAUCCACAUCCGUAAAAUUCCUUUUUUAAAGCCAUUCCUGUUAAACAUGAAACUCGCAGUUCUGCUGCCCCCUGCUGUCCAGACUCAGUUCCAGCAGCCGGAAAAUCAAAGCUCUGCACCACUUUAAAAAAAAACUAUGAACACCUGCAGCAGGUGAGGGGGCGGAGCUAGUAUGUAUCACUAAACAUGACAGGGUUUCUGUGACAAACACGUGAAAGGGGGGAGGUCUUUAAAAACUACUAUAUAUAGAGAUAUAUCUAUCUCUCUCUCUCUCUCUACAUAUAUAUAUAUAUAUCUUAGCGGCAACCAACAUUUUGAUCCUCGGGUUUCCUCUAGCGCCCCCAGGUGGCUAUCAGUGACACAGCACUUGUUUGUUUUCGUGGUCAAAGGAGACAUUCACUCCGAUUUAGGCAAAAAAAAAAACACUAAAGUAAAAGCACUGUAGUAAAAUCCCUUUAUAGAAUAUUUAAACUCUGGAUUGAAAUACAGUCUAGUAUAUUGUUAGUCAGUGCUGUUAUUACUGCAAUAAUGACCUUUGAAGAUGUAAAAAACAAGUUAUUUGUAAAAAUAGAACAUGUACAAAAAACCUCAAAGAAAGUUCAGUUAUUUUUAUACUAGAAAAAUCUUGUAUUUUUUCUGAGAAAAGAACAGAAAAAGCAUGUUUUUCUGCUAACUUUAGCUCUUCUUCCAGCCUGUUCCUCUACAGUAAAGUGUAUUUCCUCACAGUGAACACUAGGGGGCAAUGUUUUCAUGUUUCUAGCAAAAAGCGGAGAAAAGAAAUAAAACCACUAAAGCUAAACAAAAAUAUGGUCUGCAUGAAUGCAUGAUCGAUCCUUUAACAUGUUUUUUAUGGAUGUUUUAUUUUGGCAAACCUGUAUUUAUCGUGUCUGUAGUGCCCCCUAGUGGUCAAAGUAAAUACGUUUCUUGUUUUUAGGCAAACUGAAUCUUGGGGCAAUCCUCAAGCCUCCAAACGUUUCUGGCUGCUGGAACAAAACUGGACGUACUGUCCGACCAUUUCAAGUUUUCGUUUUUUACAGAAGUGUUCUUGUCCUCCGUCAUCCGGGUCACGUAUCCCAGAAUUCUGCUCUUCAGGACAGCUGGACUUUAAAGCUUCCCAGAUGAAGAACGUCUCAUAUUUUAGCUGCUCUGAAGAGCAGAAACGUGUUCUUGUGUUGUUCCCAUAAAGGGAGGAGUAUUCUGUCCUUCAUUUGCAAACUUUGUUUUUAUUCUCGGUAGAUCAAAUUAGUAUUUAAGUUUUCUUUUUAUUCUGUUGAAGAGCCUAAACCAAAGAGUGUGCAGAUGUUCCUGAAGGCUCCUUUGAAGGAGCCUGCAGUGGAUGCAGUUUAACAGCUGACUGAGAUGCUUGCAGACGAGAACUGGUCCUAACAGGAAUUCCCAGCAGACCUGAACGCAUCACGUUUCUUAACGGACUGGAGGAAGAAAGAGUUUGACUGAACUGUAAAUCUGAGAUCAAACAACACUUCCUGCUGCUUUUUUUUUGAAAGAGGAAGCAGUGAACAGCUGUUCUUCUUUUGUUUUCUUUAAUGUAAGAAAUGCAAGUUAACCUUAAGCUGAAUAUACAUUUACAUGUUAAAGGUGGUCUUUCUUUCAAGAGAAGGGCGGACACAGGAGUGUUGUUUCCACAGCUGUCCAGCAGAGGGCGCACAGAGAUUCCUAAUCAGAAGUUCAAGCCUCCAAACUAUUGAGGAUUUCCUUUAUGUAUUUAAUGAAUUAAAGCUCAUUUAAAUAAAGAAUUAGAAUCUGA